GCCCGAUGUCAAGAUGUUAAAAACUUAAAAGUUAAAACUUAAAAGUAGUUCUUCCAAUUUUUAUAUAAUUAUUAUCCCUACACUUCAAUAUAUUUACAACCUGUACAAUUUGAGCAGAUUGAAGCAAUCGACUCAGUUUUGGCUUCUCCGAUCGCCGGCUUGGUAAUUGCGAUUUCUUUCUCCGCCGGCGAGAUCUCCGAUCAGAAGCUUUGGUGAUCAAGCUUGAGGUAAUAUCUUCAUGGGGACCGAAAAUCCUAACCGUCCAAAUUACCCAACAAGACCAACUGGAACACCCUUUGCUGCUCCCCAGUCGGCGACCCCUUUUUCAUCAUCUGGGCCUAUGACUGGACAAGCACCAUCUCCCUUUAGGCCCACAGCUCCGCCAUCCUCUCAGUUUUCUGCGCCUCCAUUUUCUGGUGGGCCUUUGGGUGGAUCAGAGGCCCCUGCCUUUAGACCCCCUGCCUCAUCAUCCUCAUAUGGCCAACCAAAUCCAGGAUUUCAGCGUUUUCCUAAUCCACCAGUUGUGUCAACAGGUCAAGCACCACCACCUCCUCGUCCCUCCUUUAUGGGUCAGCCCGCGGGCCCUCCGCCUAUGAGAGCUCCUCCUAGUCCUGGCUCUUUCCCUUCACAACCUCAACCACCUUCAGUGCUCAUGGGGUCUCCACCUCAAAGCAUGAAAAUUGGACAACCCAACAUGAAUGUUCCUUUGCCUGCAGAUCAAAACUUUCCACCCUCAAGGCCGAAUGCUCAACCUCCUCAGCCUUCUUCACCUCCAAUGGGGCCAUCUUAUGCAGCUGCCAGGGGUACCUUCCAGCCGGCUUUUCCUGGGUAUGCUAAGACACAGUCAGAAUCUGUUGCUCAGACUCCACCUAUGCAGCCGGGUAACUUUCCUUUGCAACAGGGAGGCUAUGCUCCACCAGCACCUCCUACUCCUUUUAUUGGUCAGCAAAGAGGUUAUGUUCCUGGUCCUCCAAUUACGAAUCCUUCGGGGCUCUAUUCCGGGAACCAAAUUCAUCAGCAUGGACUUGCGCCACCCACUUCAACUCCACAGGCACUGGCAGAAGAUUUUAAUUCACUCUCUCUUGGAUCAGUACCAGGAUCCUUUGAUGCAGGGUAUGAUUCUGCAGCUUUGCCAAGGCCAUUGGAUGGGGAUGUUGAGCCCAAGACGUUUGCCAAGAUGUACCCGAUGAAUUGUAGUUCUAGAUUCCUACGACUGACAACGAGCGCAAUACCAAAUUCUCAGUCCCUGGCGUCUCGGUGGCAUUUGCCUUUAGGGGCUGUCGUGUGUCCUCUGGCAGAAGCUCCUGUUGGGGAGGAAGUUCCAACAGUGAAUUUUGCCACGACAGGUAUUAUUCGUUGUAAGAGGUGCCGCACUUAUGUGAAUCCAUAUGUCACGUUUGUGGACGGUGGAAGAAAGUGGAAAUGCAAUAUUUGCUCAUCGCUCAACGAUGGUACGGUUUUUCUUACUGCUGCUGAUAGUGUAGUUCCGGGAGAAUAUUUUUCACAUUUGGAUGCUAGUGGCAGAAGACUUGAUUUGGAUCAGAGGCCUGAACUAACUAAGGGUAGUGUUGAAUUUAUCGCACCAGCUGAGUACAUGGUCCGCCCCCCAAUGCCACCUCUGUAUUUUUUUCUCAUCGACGUAUCAAUAUCUGCAGUCCAAAGCGGAAUGCUUGAGGUUAUGGCUCAAACUAUUAAGUCCUGUUUAGACAAUCUGCCUGGUUAUCCUCGUACACAAAUCGGCUUCAUUACUUAUGAUAGCACUAUACAUUUCUAUAACAUGAAGUCGUCAUUGACACAGCCUCAGAUGAUGGUCGUCUCAGAUUUGGAUGAUAUAUUUGUUCCUUUGCCCGAUGACCUUUUAGUCAACCUGUCAGAAUCUAGAGGUGUAAUAGAGGCGUUCCUUGAUAGUUUGCCCUCCAUGUUUCAGGAGAACAUGAAUGUCGAAUCUGCAUUUGGUCCAGCUCUUAAAGCUGUGUUCAUGGUUAUGAGCCAACUUGGUGGUAAACUGUUGAUUUUCCAGAGUUCUCUGCCAUCAUAUGGUGUUGGCCGCCUGAGGUUGCGAGGGGAUGAUAUUCGUGUUUAUGGGACAGAUAAGGAGCAUAUUUUACGUGUACCAGAAGAUCCAUUUUAUAAACAGAUGGCUGCUGAUUUUACCAAGUAUCAGAUAGCUGUAAAUGUUUAUGCCUUCAGUGACAAGUACACAGACAUAGCAUCUUUAGGCACGCUGGCAAAAUAUACUGGUGGUCAGGUGUAUUAUUAUCCAAGUUUCCAGGCAAGUAAUCACGGAGAUAAGUUGAGACACGAACUAACCCGAGACCUUACUAGAGAGACUGCUUGGGAAGCUGUAAUGCGAAUAAGAUGUGGAAAAGGUGUCCGUUUCACAACUUAUCAUGGAAACUUUAUGCUCAGAUCCACCGAUCUACUUGCGCUGCCUGCAGUUGACUGUGAUAAAGCUUAUGCUGCGCAACUGUCUCUUGAAGAUACACUUUUGACCACUCAGACUGUGUACUUUCAAGUUGCACUGCUAUACACGUCAUCUUCCGGAGAACGACGCAUUAGGGUACUCACUGCUGCUGCUCCAGUUGUGGCAGAUCUUGGAGAAAUGUACCGCUUGGCCGACACCGGAGCAAUUACAUCUUUAUUCUCCAGGCUGGCAAUUGAGAAAACUCUUUCCUCCAAGCUGGAAGAUGCCCGAAAUGCCGUUCAGCUACGUAUUGUGAAAGCCCUCAGAGAAUACAGAAAUCUUUAUGCGGUUCAGCAUCGCCUGAGUGGAAGGAUGAUUUACCCUGAGUCACUAAAAUUUUUGCCUUUGUACGGAUUAGCUUUAUGUAAAUCAACACCCCUCCGUGGUGGGUACUCAGAUGUUCAGCUCGAUGAACGGUGUGCUUCUGCUUCCACCAUGAUGGCUUUACCCGUUAAAAAUCUGCUCAAGCUCCUUUAUCCUGACCUGGUUCGUUUGGACGACUGUCUUUUGAAAAAUGAAGAGUACGACGUCUCGAAGAGACUACCACUGAGUGCACAGAGCUUGGACACCAGUGGUCUUUACAUCUUAGAUGAUGGUUUGCGGUUUGUGAUUUGGUUCGGGAGGUCAAUUUCGCCUGAUAUAGCUAGAAACUUGCUCGGGGAAGAUUUUGCAGCAGACUACUCAAAGGUUAGCCUUAAACCGCGAGACAAUGGAAUGUCAAGAAAGCUAAUGAAGAUACUCGAUAAAAUUAGGGAGGGUGACCAGUCAUACUAUCAGCUAAGUCAUCUUGUGAGACAAGGAGAACAGCCGAGAGAAGGUUUCUUCUUACUGACAAAUCUCGUGGAGGACCAGGAAAUAUCGAUAUUGUGGUGUGUGGAGAAGUUUGAAGCAGUGUAGCUGCCCAUCAAAAUUCGAGACAAACUUUUAUCAUAUUUUGGAUGCAUCAGAAAAGGGACUGGUUAGUGAUGAUGAAAGUGGAUAACUCUACAUGUUUAUUUAAAGUUCAAAAUCUGGAGAAUCUCUCAAGAUCAAACGUUUGAGUUGAGGGUCGCUGAAUUCUAUUUGGAAGGGCAAUGAAAAGGAGUUGUUGCUAAGGGGCCGGUCUUUUGAACUUAUAUAUGGUGCAGAAUAUAAAAUAAAAGUCAAUCAGGAAAUAAAAGAAGCCUUUUAACUGAUUUUAAGAUUUCUUUAUGGUUUUGAUUUUCUCCCUCGUCUUGGUUGGGUUUGUAGUUUAUGAUAUUUAUUGGUGUGUUUGAGAUAAACAGCAAUUUUAGAUGGAGUUUAGGAUUGUGUAUUUAGAUUUUAGACUCGUGAAAUUUUUUGAGCAGUUUUGAUCCAAAUUGGUGGCCUGUGAUAUGUGAUUUUUUCAACUUGCAACGUUCUUUUUCAUUCUUCUCAUCUUUUUUCACCUGUGCUGAUUAUUAUUUUUAAUUCUCGAUACUUUUUGUAUGGUUUCGCUA